UGGCAAUGGCAAGGUCAAUCCGUCCGCCGGCGACGAUGGAACCGCCGCAUGUGCCGAAACACCGCACGCUGGACGAUCGAUAGGCUUGGGAACUCGUCGAGCAUCUGCCUUAAAUGGGAGGAGGCUUUGGCGGACAUACAAUUUCAUUUGCUCACGUCGUAUGAAUUACGGAACUGGUAAUCCCUUCCCCCUCACCUUCAUCAUUCUUCGGAAGAGAACACUUUGCGCUCUUUCUCCCUCCUCCCUUCUCUCUCUCUUUCUCUCGCCCUCUUACAUAGCUCCCUCCCAUGCUUUUAAAGCAGUCGUUUUGUGGUUGUCUUUAUCUCUGAAACGAGGAAUGCCCUUUGAAUACAAUGCUUUUACAGGACACCCCUCUCUGAAAAUCUCUCUCUGUUUUUCAUCUUUCUCUCUACAUUUGCCGGUCCUUCAUGGUUAUGAUUUCACGAUCCAAUAAUAGUGGUCCUGCCGACGUGAUGUCUUGAAAGGAGUUGACGAUUUCUGUGAAAAAGCAUC